AGAGUAUCGAACAAGAGAAGAAGUAACUCUCACUCUUUCACACACUCUCUUUUAAACUCCCUAACCAUCCACUUUUCCAAACCCUCUUCAUUUUACUCUUGGUAUUCCCUUCUCAUCACACAAUCAUCACCACACCACACCACACGAAUGGCUUCAAGAUCAGCUCGAUGGCGUCAGAGUUGGGCACCCCAACCACUAACACCCUUAAUGGAAGGUCCUGACCCUGAAAUGCAAGAAGAAGGAACCAAAAAGGAAAGCUCUUGGGAAACUAUAAGGGAAUGGUUCAAAGCUCAGAAGAUUUCACCUGCUGCCAACAUUUCAUCACAACAAUCGUUUUAUGGAACCAUUCAUGCUAAAACACAAGAUUUAAGGUUGUUGCUUGGUGUCCUAGGUUGUCCCUUGGCUCCUAUUCCCUCAGAUCAUGACCCUGCUUUGAGCAUUCACAAUCACAUCAAAGAUACCCCAUUUGAAACUUCAACAGCCAAGUACAUCAUACAACAAUACUUAGCUGCAACAGGAUGUUUGAAACAACAAAAGGAGAACAAGAACAUGUAUGCAACUGGAAUGGUGAAGAUGAUUUGUUGUGAAACAGAAAUAUCAUCAGGGAAGAAUGUAAAGUGUUUGGGGACAAGAAGCAGUGAAAAUGGUUGUUUUGUACUUUGGCAGAUGUUGCCAGGAAUGUGGUCUCUUGAGUUGGUGGUUGGUGGUCAUAAGAUUGUUGCUGGUAGCAAUGGGAAAACUGUUUGGAGACAUACUCCUUGGUUAGGUACUCAUGCUGCUAAAGGCCCACAACGCCCACUAAGGCGCAUUAUUCAGGGUUUGGACCCGAAGAGCACGGCAAGUUUAUUCACCAAUGCGCAAUGCUUAGGUGAAAAUCGAAUCGGGAACGUUGAUUGUUUCGUCUUAAAGGUUUGCGCGGAUCGGGAGACGGUGAUAGAGAGAAGUGAGGGUCCCGCCGAAGUGAUAAGGCAUAUAUUAUAUGGUUACUUUUGUCAAAAGAGUGGACUGCUUAUAUAUUUGGAAGACUCGCAUCUUACUAGGGUUCCGACGCAAGAUAGUGAUACAGUAUAUUGGGAGACGACUAUAGGAAGUAGCAUUGGCGAUUAUAGAGACGUCGAUGGGAUUUUGAUUGCGCAUCAAGGACGGUCGAUUGCGACGGUGUUUAGGUUUGGUGAACUCUCGAUGCAGCAUAGUAGGACAAGAAUGGAAGAGAUUUGGACUAUUGAUGAUGUUAUGUUUAAUGUACCUGGACUUUCGAUGGAUCAUUUCAUUCCUCCGGCUGAUAUUCUUGACACUAUAAAUUCUCCUUGAUAAUCUAACUUUAUUAGGGUUUUUGUUUAACUUUUUUUUUUUCUCUUUUACUUUGUUUUCAAGUUUAUGUGAAUUUGUAACUUUACUUUGGAGGGGGUAUAAUGAAAGCAUUGGUGGGGAGGUGUAAUUUUUCUUAACUUUUUUUUUGUUAUUGCUUUAAUGUUAAGUUUUAGUUAGUAGUAUGUACUUCAUGUCAUUAGGCUCACAUGACAAAAUCACUAGAGGGGAAUGGAAUAAUUGAUCAAUGGGUAAGAUAACGGCACAAGUUUUUAUGUACUUUAUUAUUUGAAUAUUGAUCAGUAAUCUUGUUUUCGUUUC